AUGUUAUCAUUCUAUCAUUCUGGUCAUAUCAUUGGGUUAAUAUAUUGCAAUGGGAGCGUCACGGUAGCAUUCCCUGCCCGCUGUGCUGCGCAGGACAUCCAGGGCGCCAAGCAGGCCAUGCGCAAGGCCAUUGACAUUGCACAGCCUGGCGACAAGAUUGUGGCGCUGAACAUCCCCAAGCUCGUUCCAGAGAUGAUGUUGUCUUCCAUGAACGACCCGGGGGAUGCCACGGAGGAGACCUUCGCAGCACUCGCGAACUUGCCUUCCAGGGCAGGAACCAACAUGCAGGCGCAGGUCAAGGAAGCCGCCGAAGAGGAGAUGAAAAAGCUCGGGAAAGAGAUCUCCGUUGACUACAAGGUGACACAGCCUUCCGGUGAUGUGAAAUCAGGGAUCCUGGCGGCUUGCAAGAUAGUUCUCCAGCAGGCAGAGGGUGCUUCGAUGCUGUUUUUGGGUCCUGGCGUUGGCGGCAACGGCAGGGAACUUGAGCCGUGGGCGGAUGUGUACAAGGCAAAUGCGCCGCGCGUAUUGCACACGUGCCCGCCACCUGGAUCGAGACAGCUGCAGACAGCUGUGCAAGAAAGACUCGUCGUGGUCGUGCGCAAGCAAGGAGUGGACAUGGGAGAGGAGCUGCAGAAAGCGGACGAGCACCGCAUCCUAGAGCUGUUCAACGAUCUCGGUGCCUCCCUCUGCUUCCACAAGCCUGGGGAUGUGCGCGGCUUCCUCCUGCAGGAGCUUCAAUUGCGCGAACGCGAAGGUGCAUCAGCAGGCAAUUUCGAGGAUGCCGAGAUCAAGGCUGUGUUCAACCUUGCAGAUCUAAUGCAGAUGGGCGUGAUCAGCGAGGUUCAAGCAAGAAAAGCACUGCUGUCCCUUGCGAACUCCCAAAAGCAGAAGGAGGACGUGGAGGCAAUCGAGCUGCCACCGGAAAUUGCAGCGGCCUCAGCGCUAAGCUCCAAGCCCAAGCUCUUGGACAAGACACGAACCAACCGUUCCAACUAG